AUGAUGACCGCCAAGGCCGUAGACAAAAUCCCAGUAACUCUCAGUGGUUUUGUGCACCAGCUGUCUGACAACAUCUACCCGGUGGAGGACCUCGCCCCCACGUCGGUGACCAUUUUCCCCAAUGCCGAACUAGGAGGCCCCUUUGACCAGAUGAACGGAGUGGCCGGAGAUGGCAUGAUCAACAUUGACAUGACUGGAGAGAAGAGGUCCUUGGAUCUUCCAUAUCCCAGCAGCUUUGCUCCGGUCUCAGCACCCCGAAACCAGACCUUCACUUACAUGGGCAAGUUCUCCAUUGACCCCCAGUACCCUGGUGCCGGCUGCUACCCAGAAGGUAUCAUCAACAUUGUGAGUGCAGGCAUCCUGCAGGGGGUCACCUCCCCAGCUUCCACCACAGCCUCCUCCAGCGUCACCUCUGCCUCUCCCAACCCACUGGCCACUGGACCCUUGGGUGUGUGCACCAUGUCCCAGACCCAGCCUGACCUGGACCACCUCUACACUCCGCCGCCGCCUCCUCCUUAUGCGGGCUGUGGAGGAGACCUCUACCAGGACCCCUCUGCGUUCCUAUCAGCAGCCACCACCUCCACCUCCUCCUCUCUGGCCUACCCACCACCUCCUUCCUAUCCAUCCCCCAAGCCAGCCACGGACCCAAGUCUCUUCCCCAUGAUCCCAGACUAUCCUGGAUUUUUCCCCUCACAGUGCCAGAGAGACCUACACGGUACAGCUGGCCCAGACCGCAAGCCCUUUCCCUGUCCCCUGGACUCCCUGCGAGUCCCCCCUCCACUCACUCCGCUCUCCACCAUCCGCAACUUUACCCUUGGAGGACCCAGUGCUGGGGCCACAGGGCCAGGGGCAGGCGGAGGCAGCGAGGGACCCCGGCUACCUGGCACUGGCUCGGCAGCGGCUGCCGCAGCCGCCUACAACCCACACCAUCUGCCACUGCGGCCCAUUCUGAGGCCUCGAAAGUACCCCAACAGGCCGAGCAAGACCCCAGUGCACGAGAGGCCCUACCCGUGCCCAGCAGAAGGCUGUGACCGGCGCUUCUCCCGCUCAGACGAGCUAACCAGGCACAUCCGGAUCCACACAGGGCACAAGCCCUUCCAGUGUCGGAUCUGCAUGCGCAACUUCAGCCGCAGCGACCACCUCACUACCCACAUCCGCACCCACACUGGCGAGAAGCCCUUUGCCUGUGAUUACUGCGGCCGCAAGUUUGCGCGCAGUGAUGAGAGGAAGCGCCACACCAAGAUCCACCUGAGACAGAAGGAGCGCAAGAGCAGUGCCCCAUCCUCGGCGGUGCCGGCUGCCUCCAGCGCCUCUUGCAGCGGGGGCGCGCAGGCCGGGGGGACCCUGUGCAGCAGCAACAGCAGCACUAUUGGUGGAGGGUCCCUCGGCCCUUGCUCGUCUCGGACCCGGACGCCCUGAGAUGAGACUCACGUUGACACACCAGCUCUGAGGUCCUGAGGCCCUUCGUCCAUUGGAGCUGCACGACAAA